AUGGAGGACCUGCUACGCGCCCAAACAAGCACAGCAGCCAGUAAAGCAGGCAUCAAUGCUAAAGAGACCAUCUACCAUGUUGGCUGUGUCAAAGACGCCCCAAAGUCAGACUGUGACUAUCCGACAUCCUGGACAAUCAUCCAGGGCGCCGAGACAGUCAGCGUGACCGCUGUAUAUCAUCCCGACAACUGA